AUGAAUGAUGCUUCCGCCGAGACCCCUCCCCCAACGCCGCGGGAGUUGCCUCAAAAAGAAUCCAAGCGAAACAUGAAUCACUCUGAUCACUCUGCUAAGCGGUUAAAACCAAGCAAUUAUCAAGAAGAAGGAGAUGCACCGGUGGAUGAUGACCAUCGAGCUCCAGAGGCCAGUCCUCAAGAAUAUCGUCUUCCCCCGGGUGCGCGGACCCCAGUCACGCCUAACACCAUCCGCACGUCUUCCUUGGGUUCCACUUCUUCUGUUCUAUCGUCGGAACGGAGCAUGACGGACAGGAGUAUUCCUGGUACUCCAGCAGGUACCAUGAUGGAUCGAAAACCAUCGGCCUCACCGUCGGAUAUCAGCUCCUUGGCUUCCAGGGGGCCAUCCAUGUCCCCAGUUACGCCGUUUGUGCAUCAUGAGCUUCCACCAGCGCCUCCGUCAACACCAGCGAGUGAUAAUCAUGCCCGUGCCAUGCACAUGUUUGCAACGUCGCCCUUGCCCUACCAAGCGUUGAAAAAUGCUGACCAACUGGAAAGGCAGCAGCUCUUGCAGGAUGGUGUGGCCACACCAGCUCCCAACAAACCCGCCCAACCGCCAAAGGCGAAACUUACAAGUCUGAUUGAUGACUUUUCCGAUUGGGCGGUAGGCACGAGAUAUAAAUUGCAACGUAUGCUAGGUAGAGGGUCGUAUGGGGAGGUGGCCCAAGCCAUUGAUCUCAAGCAAAACAGAGCGGAUGCCUUUGUGGCAAUCAAGCGAAUCCAGUCGCCGUUUGAGCAAGAGAUUGAUUCGGUUCGUCUGUUUCGAGAGAUUCAUCUUUUGCGACGACUGCGAGAUCAUGAAUGUGUCAUUCAGCUGUUAGACGUUGUCCAGCCACCGACGGAUGACUUGGCUGACUUUCACGAUCUGUAUCUCGUUUUUGAAUACGUGGAUACGGACUUGUACAAACUCAUCAUGUCUCCUCAAUACCUUACUACUGAACAUAUCCAAACCUUUCUGUACCAAAUGCUGACGGGGCUCAAAUUCUUGCACUCUGCAUCGGUGAUUCAUCGAGAUUUAAAGCCAGCCAAUAUUCUUUUGAACGAAAAUUGUUCACUCAAGAUUUGUGACUUUGGUCUCGCAAGAAUAGUGGACGCUUCGUCCAUGAUGUCAUCGUGGUCCAAAAAAGCAGAUGGCAAACCAGAUCGACCUCCUGCGUUUCCAAAGAAAUCACCCCUGACGCGGCAACUGACCAAGCAUGUCGUUACCAGGUGGUAUCGAGCACCAGAACUCAUUUUGAUCCAGCCGUAUACGUCUGCAGUUGACAUUUGGAGUCUGGGUUGCAUCAUGGCGGAGCUCUUGAGUAUGCAGGAAGGAAAUGUGCCUGGCUACCAAGAUAGGACGCCCUUGUUUCCAGGAGGUUCCUGCUAUCCAUUAUCCGGCGAAGGGGCGACUGUCAACGACGAGCGACUAGAUCAGCUGAACGUCAUCUUUGGUGUCAUUGGCACACCUAGCACGGAAGAAAUUGCUGCACUGGGAAAGGCCAAUGAAUACAUUAAGACUCUGGAGUUCAAGAAACCAAAAAAUCUGAAAGAGUUAUAUCCAGCUUCCGACCCAAUCGCGCUGGACCUAUUGCAACAAAUGCUGAAAUUCAAUCCCAAGAAUCGUUGUACCGCGGAGGAAGCUUUGGAGCAUAAGUUCUUCCAAGGAGUUCGGCGGAUGGAAUUGGAACGAGUUGCCGAAGAGGCAUUGGAGGUACCAGAUUUUUUGAAUUCGGCCGACAUUGACUUGACUUCAUUGAAGCGAAAAACUUUCGAGGAAGUCAUUUGGUACCGUGAUCACCAGGAUGGAAUUGAUCCGAAGGCAAAAAGCGAGAAUAAGGGAUCGGCUGCUGCUGAGUGA